CCGUACGCCAUCUUGUCGUACACCUGGUGGGACGAGGUGACCAACCUCUGGGGCUACUGCAAGAUUGACUUUUGCGCCGGCGAAGCGGCCCGCGACGGCCUGCAGCACUUCUGGAUCGACACGUGCUGCAUCGACAAGGCCAACGACGCUGGGCGCCACGGCGCCAUCAGCAGCAUAUACGGCUGGUACCACGGCGCGACCGUGUGCUACGCGUUCCUGACCGACGUGACGGGACUCGCCGACCUGCCGCGGAGCAAGUGGUGGGCGCGAGGGUGGACGCUGCAGGCGAGAAAUCCAGCCGCCUUUGCACCAGCUUAG